AUGCCACAAAUAUAUUAUUGUCGAUCGACUAUACUUAAAAUUGUCCAUAAAACAGGAUUACUUUCAACAGUAUUUCAAUGGAAGGGAAACCAUCCAAAUAUUAAUGAAUAAGAAAUAUAAAAAUCUUAAAUGAUUUUAAAUGAAUUAAAAUCAUUGAUCCUAGAAUUAGAAUAAUAAUUGAAAGAGGAAACUUAAAAUUAAAUAGUUGAAUUUAUUCUACCAGAGGUAAAUACUAAAUUCAAUUAACUUGAAUUUGAAGAUUUAAGAAAAUAAAUAAAUGAUUGGUGUCAUCAAAGAGAUUGGGAAUAAUACCACACUCCUAAAAAUAUAGUUAUGGCUUUGAUUGGGGAAGUUGGAGAAUUAAGUGAAAUAUUUAUAGACGGAGAAUUAUAACCUGGAUUACCAGAAUUAAAUUAACAAUAAAAACAUCACACAGGAGAAGAAAUUGCAGAUAUAUUACACAAUUUAAUACGUCUCUGUGAUAGGUGUAAUAUUGAUAUUGUUACAGCUAUUCAAAUGAAAAUUCAGAAGAAUUCCAUUAAGUACCCUAUUAAUAAGGUUAAGGGAUCAUCCUUAAAAUAUGAUGAAUAUCAAAAAUGA